CGACCAUUGUCUUUGGUUUCGUCUUCCUCUACCCUAAAACCCUAACUAAAUCAUUUUACUUCCACCAUGUCUCUCACUCACCUCCUCCGCCGUCUUUCCACCACCACGACCACCACUACCCGUAGCCCUAUUUCGAUCUCGUUUCUCCAACAGCGAAUCCACAACAUCUCAAAUUCCCCGGAAAAUGAAGAUCCGGUGACGACCACUGUUAACAAUCAGACGAACCCAUACCCAAACCCUAAUCCAAUUCCAGCCAAUGAUCCUUCUCAAUUCCAGAUUCCUCAGAAUCAUAUCUCUCCGAUUCCAUAUCCACCGAUGCGGCGUAACAUGAGCUUCUCAUCAGCCGAAGAAGCCGCAGCUGAACGCCGCCGCCUCAAACGUCGUCUCCGAAUUGAACCUCCACUUCACGCUCUACGCCGGGAUCCUUCGGCUCCUGCUCCAAGACGUGAUCCCAACGCGCCACGGCUUCCCGAUUCAACCUCCGCACUCGUCGGGGCAAGGCUUAACCUUCACAACAGAGUCCAGUCCCUGAUCAGAGCAUCGGAUCUCGACGCUGCUUCACGCCUCGCUCGCCAGUCUGUGUUUUCCAAUACGCGACCCACCGUGUUCACCUGUAACGCCAUCAUCGCCGCUAUGUACCGAGCCAAGCGUUACAGUGAAUCGAUUUCUCUGUUCCAGCACUUUUUCAAGCAGUCUAAGAUCGUUCCCAAUGUAGUCUCUUACAAUCAGAUCAUCAACGCUCAUUGUGACGAAGGGCAUGUGGAUGAAGCUCUUGAAGUGUACCGCCACAUAAUAGCUCAUGCUCCUUUUGCUCCAUCCUCAGUUACUUAUAGACAUUUGACCAAAGGUUUGGUUCAAGCUGGAAGGAUUGAAGAUGCUGCGAGUUUAUUACGGGAGAUGUUGAGUAAAGGUCAAGCUGCGGAUUCGGUUGUCUACAGCAAUCUCAUUAAGGGAUAUUUGGACCUUGGCGAUUUGGAUAAGGCUAAUGAGUUCUUUGAUGAGUUGAAGUCUAAGUGUACUGUUUAUGAUGGGAUUGUGAAUGCGACCUUUAUGGAGUACUGGUUCGAGAAAGGAAAUGAUAAGGAAGCCAUCGAGUCGUACAUGUCUUUGUUAGAUAAGAAAUUUAGAAUGCAUCCGCCAACUGGUAAUGUACUUUUGCAAGUUUUUCUUAAGUAUGGUAAGAAGGCUGAAGCUUGGGCUUUGUUCAAUGAGAUGUUGGAUAAUCACACUCCUCCGAAUAUCCUUUCCGUGAAUUCGGAGACGAUUAGUAUAAUGGUCAAUGAAUGUUUCAAGAUGGGAGACUUCGACGAAGCUAUUAAUACAUUCAAGAAGGUCGGGAGUAAGCCCACCUCCAAACCGUUUGUGAUGGAUUAUGUAGGUUACUGUAACAUAGUAACGAGAUUCUGUGAACAAGGGAUGUUAACAGAGGCUGAAAGGUUCUUUUCUGAAGGUGUAUCCAAAGGUUUGCCUGCUGAUGCUCCAAGCCAUAGAGCAAUGAUCGAUGCUUAUCUCAAGGCAGAGAGAAUCGACGAUGCUCUCAAGAUGUUGAACAGGAUGGUGGAUGUGAAUCUAAGGGUGGUUGCUGAUUUUGGUACGAGGGUCUUUGGCGAGCUGAUUAAGAAUGGUAAGCUUACGGAAUCUGCAGAAGUCUUGACUAAGAUGGGAGAGAGGGAACCGAAACCAGAUNCCAGUUGCAUCCUACUGAGUCUCACAUGCUNCCCAGGGCAAUCUGGUAACACUGCACCUAGUGUAUCAGCCGUGUAUGGAACCACACCUGCAGCUCCUCAGCAGCCUAGAGACAGGACACCAUGGACGAGCCAAGGGGCGGGGAAUCCUAAUUCAGGUUGGGCCAAUGGUGGUCAAACAGCAGGAGGAACUUACAAGGCUAAUCUUGGCCAGAAUACGUCUUGGUCCAACACUUCGGUUAACCAGCAGCAGCAAUCAUGGUCUAAUCAGACGGCAGGGCAACAGCCACCAUCAUGGUCGAGCCAGACACCGGGAUAUCAACAGCAGCAAUCUUGGUCUCAGCAUCAGGGUUGGUCAAGUCCUUCAGGUCAUCAGCAUCCAUGGGCUAAUCAGGCGCCUGGCCAGCAACAACCAUGGGCUAAUCAGACGCCGAGCCAGCAGCAACAGUGGGGUAAUCAAAACACUGGUCAUCAUCAGCAAUCAUGGACUAACCAGCAGCAACCAGGGGCCAGUCAGCAAUCAUGGCCUAAUCAAACUCCUACCCAGCAGCAACAAGGGUGGGCAAAUCAGACAACCGGCCAGCAACAAGGGUGGGUUGUGUAUGGUUCUCUUGAAGUUUUCUAA